AUCAGGAGGUGGCAAUUAUUCUGAAAUAUUCCUAAACAUUGCAACCUCGCCAGCUAUCAUUGGCUGGACAUCUCUUUCUUCUUUUGAGAUUUUCUUGAAGUAUGCGUUUGUCCUACGACACAUUGAUAUUAUUCACUUAGCUGUUCUGAGUUACCUCUUUUGGAGGGCAUCGUUCUUGUUCUUCUUGUAUCUGUUCCCGAGGUGAUACCUCAGAUACCUGACUUUGAGUGCCUCAUCUGAGGACGUCAUUCUUCUCGCAUCUCUUAGCAAGGUAAAGACAUGGGGCAGGCAUUCUGUUGUAUUCAAGUGGACCAAUCAACAGUGGCCAUCAAGGAAACUUUUGGGAGGUUUGAUGAGGUGCUUGAGCCCGGGUGCCACCUCCUCCCUUGGUGCUUAGGGAAGCAGAUCGCUGGCUAUCUGUCAUUGCGUGUGCAACAGCUUGAUGUCCGCUGUGAAACGAAGACAAAGGAUAAUGUGUUUGUCACGGUUGUUGCAUCGGUGCAAUACCGUGCUCUUGCUGAUAAGGCAUCUGAUGCUUUUUAUAGGCUCAGCAACACAAGGGAGCAAAUUCAAUCUUAUGUUUUUGAUGUCAUCAGGUCUAGUGUUCCAAAGCUGAAUAUAGAUGAUGCAUUCGAGCAGAAAAAUGAGAUAGCCAAAGCUGUGGAAGAGGAACUUGAGAAGGCAAUGUCUAUGUAUGGAUAUGAGAUUGUUCAAACCCUAAUCGUUGACAUUGAGCCUGAUCAGCAGGUUAAGAGAGCGAUGAAUGAGAUUAAUGCAGCUGCUAGGCUGAGGCUGGCCGCCAAUGAGAAGGCGGAGGCUGAGAAGAUACUGCAAAUCAAGCGUGCUGAGGGAGACGCAGAAUCCAAGUAUCUGGCAGGGCUGGGUAUCGCGCGGCAGCGCCAGGCCAUUGUGGACGGGCUGAGGGACAGCGUGCUGGCCUUCUCAGACAAUGUGCCAGGCACCUCCGCAAAGGACGUGAUGGACAUGAUCCUCGUGACCCAGUACUUCGACACCAUGCGUGAGAUUGGCGCCUCCUCCAAGUCCAACUCCGUGUUCAUCCCCCAUGGCCCGGGAGCAGUCGCCGACAUUGCAUCACAGGUUAGGGACGGUAUGCUCCAGGCCAAAACUCAGAAGUGAGUUGCAGUGAGAAGGAGAGACUAAAGUUACUUUAUUUCUGUUGUUAAUGGUGUUCAUAUAAUAAGGUAUUGGUGUGUUUCUUUCACCGUGCAUGUUUGGUAUCUACAUAAUGAGUCGUCAGAAUUUAGCACUUCUAAGGUUGCUAUUCUUGUUUUUUUAAGCCGAGUCAUGUCGUCAUUUGCUGUUUAGUUUACACGAAUACGAGUUGUCAAUAUAUUUGUGGAUAUUAUUUGUAUCUUUAAGCAAGGUGUUAAUUGUGAUGACAGUACCAAACUUGAGUCCUGAACAA